AUGUCAAAAACGUCAAAGAGAUGUCAACAACGACGACAAAAACGUAGGAUCGUCGUAGUCGUAGCUCAAAAUCCAGAAAAAAAUACAUUCCAUCGUUAUUUAAUUCAAGAGAAACUAGUAGUUUAGGUGUAAUAUUUUUACUACAUUACUGGCAGAAUGAAAGUAGUGCAAAGUGAAUUAAUUGAUUCGUAAACCUUUGGCCUAACGAUAAAAAUACAUUUAAUUUAUUAGGACCACUAACGUAUUAUUACAUUACAUCUUAAAAUAAUACUAGUAUUCGUAAAGGCUAAUUUUAUUUAGAUGUGAACUGCUUUGACUAGUAAAUAAUUUUACUAUCAGUCACAAUGUCAACAUUAGGAUCAUUACCUGUGAUUUUGAUCAGCAGUUUAGAAGAGGCGGCUGCUAAGGCUCUUGUUUCUGAAUUAAUAGACAACGAUGUAACAGACACAUACAUCCAAGAUGGACAAUCUGGUGAUCGUGUAUGGAAAUUGGUAAAUAAAUAUUACACAGCAAAUGUGAGAGUUCACAUAUUGCCAGACAAUGGGCAGCUGGACAACAGCAGUGGACAAGGUGUCAGCCCUGAGAGUAUAGAAGCAUACAUCAUUCACCUUACUGAGGACGAGUUAGAGGAUGAUAGUGUGUGGUGUCGGAGAGCUGCGGGCGCCGGCGGGGCGUGGCGGCGGGCCGCCGUGCGCCUCGUGCUGGCGGACUGCGACGCCGACCCCGGCGGCGCGCUGGCCGCCUGGAGCGCCGCGCAGCGCGCCGAGCUCUUAGCGUGGCGCGGCGCGCCGCCCGAUGACGGACCCGAGCGCGCACGGGACGCGCUGCAGGCGCACGUGUGGCCCGGAAUGCAACGAGAGGGCCGCGCGGCCCGCCUACCCCCAUUGCUAUCAUCAGACUCGUGGUCAAGCUCAGGCGGGUCGGACGAGUCGGACUCUGAAGCGGAGGAGCUGCGCGCCGUGGAGCAGGCGGAGGCGUUCGCGGCAGCGCUGGGGUCGCUGGGGGCGGCGGCCGACACGCGGCCCGCGCCCGCGGGGGGCGGCACGGAGCGACUCGACCACGCCGAGGCGCUGGUGCAAGCCUUCUGCCGGGCACUCGGCUACGACAUGGACUCCUGCUGAACUCGUCUCACUUCACCAUACUUAUUAUCGUCUACUUGAUUUGAACAUAGGCGCUGUCAUCGCUAUGUAUGUACAUACUAUAAUAUAAUUUUAUAUUAUCUGA